AUGACAGGAACACUUGUGUCACAAAAGCAGGUGAUUCUCUGGAUCCUGUGUGUGGUUCUGAUCUGUGCAGCUGGAGAGGACACUCCCUGUCCAAAAGGUGCUCAGAUCCACUUGUCCAGCAUGCGAUGCUACUGGAUGUCUGAGACGACAUCUUCAUGGUCUGAGGCACAGGAUUCAUGCAGAGAGACUCUCGGGGGGUAUCUCGCAUCUGCUGACAACCUGGACCUGCAAAACUUCAUCCAUUACUCCUUCCCAGUGAAAACCACUGUGUGGAUAUGGCUGAAAGGACUCGGGGGAGAGGGGACUGAGGGGGCUGGGGCUGUGGAGCCGGUAAGUCCUGCACGGUGGGCUGAAGGCGCUGAGACGGGGUGUUCUCAGAUGGCCUUGGGGACACUGGGACAGCAGAGGAGAGCACAAUGUGCUGGACGAUACUUCUACCUCUGUGAAAAAGAAGUAGCUGAGGCUUUACCAUCUAUAGACAGUUACCUGACUGGAUUGGUUCUCAUGACCGGCAUCUAUGCUCAAACCCAGAUACAUCCUCUUCUCAGCAUCCCAGACACUGGGCAGCGUACAGUGGAGAUGCAGCUGUUCCCAGGUUUGUGGUUUAGUCAUGCAGGUCAGUUGGUAACAGUGGAGCUGGUGGUCCAGCCAAGCCCACUGUCCUCUCUGGCACGUGUUCAGAUCCUCCGACCGUACUGCGACCCCAACCACCACCUGGUGCCUCCAGGUUGCAGCUCUCUCCUAAAUCCAUUUACCUGCUGCUCAGCAGUACCACUGUGUAACACUACAGGGGGCUGUAGCAUGGGCCAGUACUGGUGCCACCUGCUGGAGGCCUGCAUGCCCACCACCAGUCCCUGCAGCCCCUAUGACUCUGCAGCUGGCAGCCGUGGAUUUGCUCUCCCUCCCAGAUACCCCGCGAUACCACCCUUCUACCACCUGGUGGCAGACCUGUCUUUGAGAAUAAACCCUAGCUCUGAACUGAAAACUAUGAGUCUGCUUCUUCCAGAUCCAGCAAUCAUGGUGUACCCUGAUGAUAUUGUGGCUAUACAACACACUCGCGACUCUGGGACCUUCCUUCAUUGCCUCACCAGCGAAGCCUCUCUAAACUCCUCCUGGCGCCAGAGUUACUUGUCCCUUAGGGGGGCAGAAUGGGGUGGCUGGUGGCAGGGAGGCUUUACUUCACUGUUCCAAGGAGGCCAGUGGGUGGACGGGGUGGUGUGUGAUCUGAAGAUGCUGUACAUAGACACUCUUCACAGAGGCACAGCGUUUGAUGAUGUCUUUGGCUUCACCCACACAGAGCCAACUACAGCUCCUGAUAUUAGGCCCCUGACUACAGCUCCUCCUCCAAGUCAGAGAUCUAAAUUUAGGCUUAGAGUCAUCCAUCCCCUGCUGGACGAAAAGAACCAAAUUCAUGUCCAAAUCAAUACCCCAACACUCAUUGUAGUAAAGGUCCUGUCUGGACAGAAAGCCAGGAGCUCGUGGUCAGCCCCAGUGCUCCAGACUGAGGUCCCCUUUCUUCCAUCUUGCCCUGAAGAGUUGGCUCCUUCUUGGCCUGGCUGUGAGAGACAGUCCCUUGAAGAAUGGUUCUCCUCAGUGACUCUUUUGUUGCCCUCAGUGGGGGUUCAGACCAUGGACAUCAGUGUCAUGGAUGCAACAAGCUCUCAGAGUGUGACUGUGAAAGUUUGUGGCUAUGAGGCAGUGACAGGGCUCAGUGUUGAGCCUCAUGGACGCCUCAGGAUUCUGGUAGACGUGUCACAGUCAUUUACAGCCAAAGUGGAGGGUGGCUCUUCCGUAAAAUUCACAUGGGUUAUUGACAACCUGGAGAAUUUUGCCUAUGAAGGGGAAUUUUACAGUGUAGUGUUCAAGAAACCUGCUGAGUAUAAGCUCCAGAGCCAGCAAAUCCUCCUGACUGCUGAUGAAAUGACCCCAUUGGCUGAGCCAGAGUUCCUGUUUGUCAGGGAGGUCAUAGCUGUGAAUACUACACUCCUCUACACCCUCAGGGUCAAAGUGGACAUCUCCCUGCCAGUCACCUUCAGUUGGGAUUUUGGGGAUGGCAGAGGAAAGAUGAGCCACCCGCAGUCUGCUCCAUUUCAGACCAUGGAAGGGCUUAUGGAGAGAGCAGAGAAGCAAGUAUAUGUCCAGGACUCAGUGAACUAUUCCUAUUCCAUUCCAGAUGACUACACACUUCAUGUCCAAAUCUCCAACCAAUUUGACAACACUGGAGCAUCUAUGAAGAUUAACGUCCGCCCUGAGUUAAGUCAUAUCCACAUUUCAUCUUCCCCCCAAGUGCCGCAUGUCAAACAAACUCUCCUUCUGGAAGCUUCUGCAGAACCCUCCACCUUUGCUGUCUUCUACAAAUGGGACUUUGGUGAUGGCUCCAAAGCUGUCCAUGGCAUCCACCAUAAAGUCCGUCACACUUUUGGAUCCGCUGGACGUUAUAAUGUUACAGUGUGUGCCAGCAACACUCUUACUACUCUGGCCACUUGGCUCAUCUUGGAAGUUAUGGAGAAAAUCUCUGGAUUAACCAUUAGCUACAGCGAACCCUGUGAAGUAAACGCUGCAACAGAUUUCAGAGCUAAAGUUUCCACUGGUUCAGGUCUCAUCUGGGAUUUUGACUUUGGCGAUGGGUCCCUGCAGGGAAACCUCACAGAUGGUUCCAUCUCCCACAUCUAUAAGUCUCCAGGAAAUUACACAGUGGAUGUAACCGUCACCAAUUCUGUCAGCAAAGUUCAUCAGUCUAUCAGGAUAAAGGUCUAUAGUUUGGCUGUUACUGGAGUUCUCCCCACAGAAUGUGUCAUAAAUGGAAAAGAUAUACAGCUUACCGCUCUGGUGACUGGGAAAAUAUCCAUUCUGACUUUCCAUUGGCGAUUUGGAGAUGGAUCACCUUUGACUGUAGUGACAGGACAGUCCACAGCCAUGCAUUCAUUUCCGAGCCAAGGGAUUUUUCAUGUUAACCUGACUGUGUUUAGUUCUACUACAUCUGUAUCAUUUAAUACAAGUAUCUGUGUCGAAGCGCCAAUAACCAACAUGGCAGUGCAGUCAUCACAAGAUGUUGUAGCAGUGGGAGAAGAGGUAUGCUUCAGGGUAUUGAUUUUCCCUGAAGAGAUGACAGGUUGCCAGUUUAAGUGGUUUAGCAGCUCCACUAAUCUAAUUGCCAAGACUGAAAACUCUCAUAAGUGUUUUGUAUUUAAAGAUGAAGGUGUUGAAGAGAUAUCAGUAAUGGCAAGUAAUAAAGUCAGCAACAAAACAGCCGAAGUCAGCAUAACCAUUCAAAAACCUGUGAGUAAGCUGUCUGUGGCGCAUGACAGUCAAAGUGACACAAUGACAGUCAAUACAUUAGUUUCAUUUUGGGUUGCUAGUUGCACUGGAAGCAAUGUGUCAGUGCUGUGGGACUUUGGAGACGGUUCUCUGGUGGAGCAGAAGCAAAAUGUAUCACAUGUCUUUACCUCAGCAGGUCAGUUCACAGUCACUGCUACAGCAUUUAAUGUGGUCAGCAAAGACUCUGCAACCCUCAAAGUGGAUGUUUUGCUUCCUGUGGAGGACCUUUCACUUCACACCAACCAGUCUUAUGCUGUAGUAGGAGAGGAAAUUCUUAUCACAGCAGUUAGUAGUGCAAUCAGUAGCACCAACUACUACUGGACUGUGGACAGUAUGACUUCAACCAAACAGGGGACCUAUCAGUUUAGAUUUGCUUUCCCCAAACCAGGAGUGUAUCAAGUGAGAGUUAUAGCCCAGAACUUGGUGAGUAGAAGGGAGGCAGCUAUUUUAAUUGAGGUCUUUGAAAGAAUAGAGGGUCUUCAAAUUGAGUGUCACAGCCUGACAAACAUGAAAUAUGUACCAGCCCAAGAGGACCUGCUCUUUAUUGCUUCAAUCACCAAAGGUUCCAAUGUCACUUAUCACUGGCUCGCUGCACAGAGCGGAAUAAACCAAGAAAUCACUGGUGAUGGUGAGGUUUUUCAUCUGUCAGCUGAAACCCCUGGCGACAUCACAGUUCAGCUAAGAGCCUCAAAUAAGUUGGGUGAGGCCACCAGCAUUGUUUCUUUAAUAAUAGUAGAGCGUGUAACAAGGACACAUAUUGCAACACAAAAGAUUGUGGCAUUAGGGAAAUUAGUGAAUAUUUCUGUGUCCGUUGUUACCGGGUCAGACCUAGAGUAUCUCUGGUAUCUGAACUCUGAUCCAUCGCCCCUGCAGACAAAUGCACCCUUUCUUCUCCACACUUUUAUGAGUUUGGGCCCUUGUCUUGUCACAGUUUCUGUUCAGAAUGUCCUUAGCCAGUGUAAUGACACCACACAGUUCAUAGUCCAAGAGGAGGUCCAAGAGGUGGACUUUGAAAUGGAAGGAAAGACACAUCCAUUUUAUAUCAACACAAAUGCUGCCAUUCCACUCUGUGGGCUUAUUCGUAAGGGAAGUGAUCUGCACUGGGACUGGAAAGUUAGAUCUGCCAGAACCAACCUUUUUAAUGCUACCAACCAGACCUUUAUCUAUAAUUUUACACAUGCCGACAUCUACCAGGUGUCUUUGAAUGUCUCCAAUGGGAUAAAUUGGCAGAUGGUUUCACACAGGGUCACUGUCCAGGAUGGAAUUGAGGGUCUUCUGCUGAACAUUAGCAAUUCUUCUCUCUGCAGUGAAGAUGAAGUGACUUUUAUUCCAACAGUCUCCAAAGGAAGCAAUGUAAGCUUUGUUAUAACAUUUAGGAACAAAGACUGGAUUCAUAGUGAGAGCAUUCUCAAAGGGAAAAGCAGCACAUCAAGCCUUCCAGUUGGGAGACAUCUUGUUACAGUGAAAGCUUGGAACCUGGUCAGUAGUGCUGAGGUAUCUUCCAGCAUACUGGUCACUGAGCGCAUUCAAGGUUUGCAACUUGUAAACUGUUGCUCUGCUGCUCUAGAAGCUCUGAAAGGAAUCCAUUUCAAGGCAGAAGUUCAAAGUGGAUUUCCAGUUAACUACACCUGGAUAUUUCACUUGGUGGGGUCGAACCCCACGUGGCUCAGGGGCCAAGAAGUGAUCUUCACUCCACCAGAGAGUGGGUUAUUGUCUGUUAGCGUGGUAGCUAGAAAUGGAGUCUGCUCCCAGAUGCAAAAUGAGACCGCUAUAGUAGAAUGGCCUGUUAAGAAGAUCAAGCUUGAUUGUCAUUCAGAAAAAAUAUUUGUAGGACACACUGUCAAGUUUUCUGCAACAGUGAAUGGAGGGAGCAACAUCAGAUACCACUGGGACUUUGGAGAUUCCACUGAAGCACUGGUAACAGAUUUGAACACAGUCAGUCACACUUAUUAUACUGCUGGACAUUACAGUGUCAUGGUCAAAGUUCUCAACAGUGUCAGCCACAUAUCCACACAGCUUCACAUAGAAGUGGAGGAGCUCCAGUGUUCCAGCCCUCAAGCUUCUCUCGUACAGAAUCAGUCUACUAUCUACAGGUCAAGACCAAGUUUCUUUGAAGCCAGCGUGGACAUUAACUGCUCUACAUACAAGGCAAUCUACCUAUGGGAGAUAUUCAGAGGGUCUGAUUGUACCAGUGGGGACAAAGUCAUUUUUAGAGGUCAGGUGGAUGUAACUUCCCCUUUUCUCUUACUUCCAAAGCAUGCUCUCGACGUGGGUCAGCAUUGCCUUGUAUUCACCGUUUCACUCCAGGGAACUCCUUUAUCUGUGCAACGGACAACAAGCAUCACAGUGGUCCAUUCCCCAUUGAUAGCUGUCAUCAAGGGAGGCUCCCAUAAACUGUGGUCCAGUCUCAGUGACCUCAUCCUGGAUGGAUCUGAGUCUCAAGACCCUGAUGUGGAACCAGGAGUGGAGGAUAUGCUGGAGUAUCACUGGACCUCGAUAACUGUGUGGGAAGCUCCUGUGCUUCCUGUGACUGUGGAAUGUGUGUCCUGUUCAGCCCUCUCCUCCACUCACAGUUACACCACCGCUGUCAUCCUUGCUGGACAAUGCGGACAGUGUGAUUCCCAGACUGAGUAUAAAUGGAGUGCUGAGAGCCAGACUGGCAUGGCUCUUGAUCUUGAUGACAUCACUACCUCUACAGGGAGACACUCACCUAAAUUGGUGGUAUGCUCAGGUGUCCUCCAGCCAGGACUGAGUUAUACCUUCACUCUCAAUGUAUCCCAGCCUGGCAGAGGUCAGUGGGGCAGCGUCAGUCAGACUAUACUACCUAACAGUCCACCACAUGGAGGCCUGUGUGAUCUGAGUCCAGAGUCAGACAUAUGUCUGCUGGAGACAGUGGUCACCUAUAACUGCUCAGGUUGGCAAGAUGAUGAAAGCGAGGCUUCUCAGCUGAUCUAUACCUUCCAGGUGGCACCCUGCCAGGCCAUUAGCACUUCGUGCCCCAUGCUCACUCUGUACAGAGGUACUCGUUCAACAUUCGGCAGCCUGGUACCAAUGGGACGUUCUGGGCAAGAAAAAUAUUUGUCAGUUAUUAUAGUCACUUUGUCAGUAGAGAACCAUCUGGGCUCAAAGGUCAUUGCUCUGAACAGAACAUUGACAAUUGAAAAUCCUGCAAGGGAUGAAGUUGCCAGUGAGUGGCUCAGAAACAAAAGCCAGACAGAGCUGUGGGCUUUAGUCCAACAUGGCAACCCCCAGGAAAUCAUCCCUUUUUCCAUUGCACUUACCAGCCAACUCAAUCAGAUGGAGUCUGAACAAACUGCCAUGGAGCUCAUGGACAGGAGGGAGAUCCGGGGAAAUGUGUCCCAAGCCUUGGCCUCUCUCCCCAUGUCCUCCUUGCUGGAUGUUGAGCAGAUCAGCUCAGCGCUGGCACAAGCCACUGCAGUUCCAAGUGAGUUGGUAUGUAAAGGCUGUCAGGAGAAGGUUCUGGAGGCUGUGGGGAGGAUGAUCCAUGUGAUGGAGGAACACAUGAGUCCUGGUGUUUUAUCACCUCUUGAAACAGGAAGAAACAUCCUUAAUGUCAUAGGUAGCACACUGGCUGCUGUGUCUGAAUCAUCCAGUGCUCCCAGUUCUCACCCAGCCUACUCAAACACUCUGCAGUCAGCUUCUACUAUCGCCCUGUCAGCACUGGCCCACGCAGGAGCCCUAAUGCGCUCUCUGAUGCAUUCACAUGUUCAUGGCGAGGAACCCCUUUUGCUCUCCACCCCUUAUAUCAAUACAGUUGGUUUCCAAGGAGACCCCUCUGAUCUCCUCUGCACUCACCAGACAAAUCAGUCCAACCAACACCACAUCACCCUCUCUCAGUCAUCAUCAGCUGACGGAUCAAAGAGUUCUCACCUAUGUGAGUUUCAUAUCCCCACCUCCCUCGCUGCUCGCCUGAAGAGUCAGAGUUCUGAGGUGGUGCAGGUACUGUUUGGUAUGGAUGGAGCACUCGAGUCCAACCCCAUGCUGAGUACAGCUGACCCUCCGAUUUCGACGUCUCUGGUUGCUAUGGAGCUCACCACCCCUCAGGGUCAGCCCAUACCCAUCAAGGAUCUGGACCUCGAACAGGCCAUACAGGUCACUUUGCCCAACAAGUACCUUUUGGGUCAGGGAGAUGAGGGUGGAGAUGAGCAAGUAGGUGAAAACAGGAAUGAGACAUGUCUUACUGUGACACUCCCCACUGAAGGACAGUUGAACUUCACAGUAAAAGCUGUGGAUGGACUGGAUGAAAAUGCAGGUUUAUACAUCUCCUUCAGCUUCAGCCUCGUCCCAGGAGCUUCUCCAGUGAGCUUGGGACAUGUCAUGAUAGAAGUGAGCUCUGCAGUGCCAGGGACUAAUACAUCCCACGAUUCCCUUGAGAGACAUUGGGCUCUCACUCUUUCUGCUCCGACCACCUCCUCAGAGGAAACCAUCUUUCUGUCUCCACUCUCCCUGUGCCAGUACUACAGUGUGAAGGAGAGACGCUGGAGCAGUGAGGGUCUACAGCCACUGGAGGGCAGCACGCUCCAUGCAGCUCACUGUCUCACCCGGCAUCUCACCAUGUUCGGGGCCAGUUUGUUUGUUCAUCCCGGGGCCGUUGUUCUGUUGCCACCGUCAGGUGGUCCUACGCGUAACAUAGUGGUGGGAAUUGUGUGUGCUGUCUUGGUUCUGAUUCACCUGCUAGUGGGGCUCAUCGCCCAUAAACUGGACCACUUGGACAGCUUGAGACUGAGCCAGGUCCCUCUGUGUGGCCGACCAGGCUUGUACCACUACAGAGUUCUGGUCAAGACUGGCUGGAGGCGAGGAGCAGGCACCACAGCACAUGUUGGUAUCAGUUUGUACGGUGUGAACAAGAGCGGCUCUCGCCAUCUGCAGAGGGAUGGAGCUUUUCAGCGUGGCAGCCUGGACCAGUUUCAUCUGGAGACAGAUGACAGCCUGGGAGAGGUUUGGAAAAUUCGCAUCUGGCAUGACAACACAGGUCUGGACCCAUCCUGGUAUGUUCAGCAUGUGGUGGUGUGGGACCCUCAGACAGACCACAUGUUCUUCUUCGUGCUGGAGGACUGGCUCUCUGUGGAGAAUCAAAAGAACGAGACUGUGGAGAAGGAAGUUCUGGCCUCAUGUCCAGAGGAGCUUACUCAGCUUCGACGGGUCCUCACCUCCCAGCUGUUGUUUGGGGUGAGGGAACGCCACCUGUGGCUGUCGCUGUGGGAACGUCCCACUCACAGCCCUUUCACCAGAGGUCAGAGGGUCACCUGCUGUGCCCUCAUGCUGCACCUCUACCUGGCACUGGCUGCCCUGUGGUAUGGGGCUGUGGGCUCUGAGGGGGCCAGUGGACCAGUGUCAGCCCAGCUGCUGGUUAACGUUGAGACGAUUGCCGUAGGGGUGACUGUUGCAGUGCUGGUGUUUCCUCUCCAGUGUUUCCUCUGUUUCCUGUUUAGAAAAGCUCACAGUCGGGUAACUGUGGACAUGUCAGUUCCUCCUUCCCCUGUGUGUCACUCUGUGGAGAUGGACGUUUACCUUGGCCAAUCAGAGCUCUCCGGUCCCUCCUUCCUGUCUCUGCCAGACUCCUCCAGCCCAGUCCGAGACAGUCCUUCAUCUUUGCUGGAGAGCAAAGCGUUUGACUCCAGUAUCCUGGACUUCUGGGCUGCCUCUGGCUUGGCGCCCCAGACAGAUGGGGCAUGUCAAGAAAAGGGUAUGGUGGCAUGGCCGUCCGAGGACAGUCUCCUUAAUCUACCAGUAGACUUAUGCCCUACCAAGAUGACCCACUCCGGCGACCUCUGCAAGGCUUCGCCUGCUCUGGGCCCUACACGCCAGCUGAGGAGGAAAAAGGCCCUGAUGCAGCUGCGCCUGGUUUCACCCUCCUCCCCCAACACACCCACUGCUCCUGUCCUGUCACCUUCCAAAUGUCCCCUUUCAAAAGAAAUUUCAGGCUCUAAAUACUCCCCUACUGCACCAGGCCAGGAGGUCCUCACUAUGAAUGCAAACCCCGUCCAAAUCCACAGCCACAAUCUGACAACAUUUCUAACUCUGUCUGAGGAGGACCUGCUGAUGUCUAUAGCAGCAGCAGCGGAGGACACAAGAGAUACAACCAACAGCAACUCAGACAGCGGCCGGGAUUCCCCUAGAACCACGUCCUCGUUUUCAGCCACACAGAGCACCUCCUGCAGCAGCUGGUCAGAUCAGAGUGAGGACAAGUCCCUGUAUGGAGCAGAGAUCCACAUGUCGGACCCGCAGUCCUAUUCUUCCUUGUAUGGGGCAGGACUUUACAAGUGUCCCUCUGCACUGUCUGUGGAUUCAGUGGCUAGCACCUUCCUGCCGAGCCCUUCUCCUGAUUCCACACGUUCCCCCUCCACCACACGCAUAGGCGUUGCUCGAGGUCAGCCCAGCUGGCUGCUUCCUCCCUGGUUUCUGUGUGUGAUUUACCCCCUUGUGGCUCUGCUGCUGGGGGCCUGCCUGGCUGUGGUUGGACUCUAUGGCAGCUUCUUCUCCAGAAAUGUAGUCCUCAUGUGGCUGAUAUCAGCUAUCUCUGCCUUCCUCACUUCUGCUCUACUGCUGGAGCCUCUCAAGGUUUGUGUGCAGGCAUUGACCUACACAGUACUGUGGAGGCCUGUGGAUCCAGAGGUGGAGGACCAGCUGGCUCAGGAGACCACUGUGGUGAGGGCGUUUGGAGAACAUAGCGGAAAGGUUCGACCACCAUGCGGCUACGGGCUGCUGCAGGCUAAAGAGGAGGCACGCAAAGUCCGGGCUCUACGAUCACUCAUGAGUCACUGUGUUUCCCAGCUGUUAUUUCUGUUGCUGGUUCUGAUGGUGAACUACCAGGACAGUGUAGAACAGAGGCAGGGCAGGCGGCUGCACUCCUCUGUCAGACUCCAUCUUCACACAGCACCAUUGGGCAUUCCUAACCUCACCUCACUCAGAGACUGGUCAGACGCAGAGAGGUGGAUCAACCACACCUUGGUGCCACACCUACACCAGCACCCUUCACUGCGCCUUGUAGGGUUGCCGCGGCUGCUGUGCACACACGCAUUCGGCCACGUGGCAGGUAUCUUUCUGGGAAACAGCAGUGUGAUGACACACCAGCUCCUUGCUGACCUGCACAUCUCAGACUGGAGCAAGAAGCUAUUUAGAUCUCUUUCUAUUGAUUUCACACACUACCACAGGGAGUCUGGUUUAUUUGUGUGUGUGUCCAUUCAGUUAAAGUGGGCUCAGACCAACAGAGUCUCUCCCUUCCUUUACAUCCAUCCACUCCUCAUCCCUUCAUCCUUCUCAGGGCUGGACCUCCAGGUGGCACUUACGGUUCUUCUUCUCAUCUCUGCUCUCCUCAUCUUGUUUGGGGAGCUGUGGUCCAUGGUUACUGAGCGUGCUCAGUAUCUGCAUCAGUGCAGACACUGGUAUCAGCUCCUCCUGGCCUUGCUGUCACUGGCAACAGCUAUCCUGCAAUUCUGCUUCCUGUCUCUUGGCCCUUCAUGUGUUUCCAAGCUUCGGUCCCAACCGGACAACUUCAUCGACUUCCACAGUGCUGCCUUUCUGGCACAGAGGUCUUCUCAAUGUGCAGCUGUCCUGCUCACUCUGCUUGUUCUAAAGCUUCUGGGAACCUUAAGAUUUGUGCGGAGGUGGGUGGUGAUAGGCAGAGUGCUGCAGAGAGCCUGGGGGGAGCUGUGGGCUCUGACUGUCCUACUGCUGCUGCUGCUUAUGCUCUGCACUCACCUCGGAAACACGCUCUUUUCGCAUUCAGUGGAAGGCUUCUUGUCCAUACAUGAGGCCAGUGUGUCAGUGCUGUCCAUCCUGCGUGGCCGAAUGGCUCUACAAAGGUUAUGCAAGGUCCACACAGUCCUGGGACCCCUCUAUGGACUACUUUUGAUGGGGGCAAGUCUGUGGCUCUUAGCCAGACUCUGUGGAGCUGUUCUCAUUCGUGCAUUCAGGGCAGAGCAGGCUGAGCUGUAUCAUCCAACCAUUGAACCUCAGGAUUAUGAGAUGGUGGAGUUUUUCAUCAAGAGACUCAAGCUGUGGAUGGGACUCACCAAGGCCAAAGAGUUCAGGCACAGGGUGAAGUUUGAAGGCAUGGAGAUCCCACCUUCCAGAUCCUCCCAGGAAUCCCGUCUCUCCACCCUUUCAUCCACCCUCCCCUCCUACCACUCUCCUUCCCUGUCCUCCUCAUUUUCAUCCCCCCGACCCCUGUCCUCGGCUCUGUCUGUGAGGUCUGAGGACUCAUCAGUGUCCGAGCCUGGGUUUGACAUCUUGCCCUACGUGGACCGCCUGGUCCCCUGUGUCAAUGCCCUGCUAUCUCGUUUUGAUCGGGUAAACCAGAUAACCCAGGAUGUUCACAACCUGGAAAUGAAGCUAGAGGAGGCUCAGACCAGGAGGAGGCAGAGGUGGAUCAGUAACAAGGACAAUGGUGCAGAAAUAUUCAAAGAGUCAACAACAAAGCUAAAGGAACCAGAAGAAGGAAGGGCUCUCCUAGGUUUGGACAGUUCCCCAGGAGAAGAGCCUGGCAUUCUGGGAGUUCUCAUUCAGCUGAUGCAGCUCAGAGGGCCCUCCCAGGAGGAGCUGUUCCGUGUGGAAAUGGAGGAGAAAAUUUAG